AGAUAGGUAGUUGUUUACCUCACCAAGAUCUUUCAUGUCAAAGUGCUCUUUCAGUUGAGCUAGGGCGCUAUUGUACAUUGCAACAUCUUUCCAAAAGAAUAAUAAAUCAUCAACAUAAAACAAACAGUACAGUUUCUUUUGCCCCUCCUCUUUGACAAAUACACAUGGAUCAGCUUUCCCUUGCUGAAAACCUAGAGAAAACAAUACUUCAGUGAGUUUUGUGUGCCAACACCGUGCACUUUGUUUGAGACCAUAAAGGGAUUUCUUCAGAGCACAAACAAAUCCCUGUUUUACCUGUACGCCAUCAGGUGGAAGCAUAUAAAGUGAUUCAUCUAGAGAUCCGUACAGAAAAGCUGUAUUAAUAUCAUGGUGACUAAUGUGUAGAUUUUCCUCUGCAGCUAGCUUAAGCAUAAGCCUAAUGCUUUCAUAUCUCACUGUGGGUGAAUAGGUCUCGUGAUAGUCUUCACCUGGUACCUGUGCAAAACCUCUGGCUACCAAUCUGGCUUUGUGUCUGACUAUCUUGCCAUUUUGAUCUGUCUUCGCUUUGAAGACCCAUUUGCUUCCAAGCAGUUUCAUUCCUGGAACUACUGGAACUAGCUCCCAUGUUUUGUUCCUUUCUAAGGAAUCAAGCUCAGCCUUCAUGGCAUUUAACCAUGGCUCAGCUUCCUUUGAAUCCAAACCCUGGAUCUCUUGGAGACUUGAAGGUUCAAAUACCUUCUUGGAGCUUUUAACAGCUGUUACUGCUAUCUUAGCAAACUCAUCAGCAAAUCUCUUUGGAGGUUUGCUUUUUGUGGCUCUCUGUGACCUACGGAUUAGCCUUAAGUCUUCAACACUCUCCUCUUCCUUCUUAGGAGAAAACGACCUAUUGUGAACAAUGGUUCCUCCAAUUCUUGAUCAGAGCUUUCAGAGGGUCGCAUAGAGGCUUUCGCACUCUCGAAAUCCUCUGAAUCACCCGAUUCAGUUUCAGAUUCAGACUCAGAACCUUCAUCAGUGGGUGUGGGCUGUUGUGGUUGCUUUUGACUAUCCUCAGUCUCAUCACCGUCAUCAGGAUAACAUUGGAAAAUUCCCACAUUCUCCCCCACUUUGCAUUGUACUCAACACUUCUCGUGAGCUUAAUUGUCUUAGAGUCAGUCAUCAUUAUUCUGUAAGACCCUUUCUGAUAACCUAGAAAGAUACCAUGCAAUCCACGCUUGUCUAACUUGGAGUUUUGUGGUGAGCGAACCCACAUGUCAGAACCAAAAAUCUUCAUGUGUUUGAUGUAUGGCUUCUUGCCAAACAUCUUCUCAUAGAGGUACAACCAAUCGCUGAAGAUAGCCUGCGAUUGUAACUGUAAACAAAACACGAGAGAGAUUCGGCCCAAUAACUCUCUGGAAGAUUGGCAUCAUGCAGCAAGGUCUUUAACCCUUGAAGCAAUGUCUGAUUUGCCCAUUCCGCAAGUCCAUUCUGCCAUGGCGAGCGAGGACUAGACAAAUCGUGUUGAAUUCCUUUCUCAGUCAGAAAAGCUUCAAACUGCUGAGAAGUGAAUUCCCCCCCGCGAUCACUGAAAAGAGUCUUUAUCUUCUUACCAUGCACAUUUUCCAACCAAGCACAGAAUUCCUUGAACCUAGGAAAAGCCUCCGAUUUCUGCUUGAGAUUGUACACAAAAAUAUAUCUAGAAAAUGCAUCAAUGAGAACCAUGAAGUAUCUAUUUCCACCCAAAGAGGGCGGUAGUGGUCCAACCAAAUCAGCAUGAACAACCUGGUAUGGUUCUGUAGCUGUCCUACUAGACACCUUACCUUUCGCAGCCAUUUUCACCUUGUUUGCUGCGCAUGCUUUGCACUUCAUGUGGUACCUGCAGGGUUUAAUAGUCAUACCUUCAACCAAGGCAGGCAUUUUAGAUACUGCCUCAAAAUGCAAAUGACCAAAUUUGCGAUGAAAAUCGUGAAUACAUUCUGCAUGCAAACUUUUGUUAGAACCUGCAAUGCAACAAGUGUCAUCCUGCACCACAUCAUCAUAAUACAAAACAAACAAAUGAUCAACAUAUUCUGCAUGCAAUACAUAAUCAUUUUUCUUUGUGAUGAUGCACUUCUUGUUCUUGAAGGAAACGUCAAUGUUCCGCUCAUUCAGCUGUCCAACGCUGAGCAGAUUAUGUUUGGCGUCUGGCACGUAAAGCACAUUCUGUAUCGAUAAGUCCAAACUGUGAAGAACAACAGUUCCGUAGCCUUUACUGGGAAUAGUGUGGUCAUCCGCCUGGUGAAUCGCACCUUCCUGCGGUGUAAAAGACACAAACAGUUUCUUAUCGUUGCACAUGUGGUGGGUGGCCGCUGAAUCAACAACGAAGAAAGAUCUAGACGUCUUCUGGACCUCUGCAACCUUUGGAGUGAAGCGUGAAACCAUAGCCUUGUGCUGCGUUGUCCUAGACACCGGACCUUUGCCUUUGCCUCGGCCUUUUCGCGCGAUGAGCUUCGCUGCGCUGCUCUGUCUUGGCCCUGGGAUGUCUGCAUUCCCUCUUCAUAUGGCCUAGACGUCCACAUGAGUAGCAUUUCACUGCCUUCAAAGCUUUGGCGCCAUCUGGUGGUUCCACUGCACUAUGGGAUGACGUCUGUGAAGACUUCCCUUGCCCAUGCAGCUAGCACCCCGGCGAUCUGCUUCAUUUAAAAUCACGGCAGUAACAAAGUCCACUGUCAGCUGAGCAGUUGGUUGCACAGCAAUCUGGGUUGCAACAGACUCCCAACCUGAACCCAAAGAUUGUAGUAUCAUGAAAGAAUACACAGCCUCUGGAAAGUUGAGUCCUCUCUGUUGCAGCUCAUGUCUCAGAUUUUGCAUCUCAAUCAGAUGUAAGCGCACAUCUCCACCUUCAGCAAGAGCCAUAUUAUGCAGCUUGUUAAAAUAAUACAUAGUGGAUCCAGCUUCUGUCCUUAAGUGAGCCUCUUUCAGAGCGUCCCAAAUUUCUCUGGCUGAGGUCUUAUCACGCAAUAGACAGAGCUCUUCUGGGGAUACUAUCAAUGUAAGAGUUCCCUUGCUUUGGAAUCCUUAGCUUCCCAUGCAUCUGUAACUGGAACUGGGGGUUUCUGUAAUCACCUCAAACAAACCCUCUUUCCGCAGAAUUGCCUCUGCAUACUGAACCCAGUCGCUGUAAUUUUUCUUGUUGAGCUUAGGAAUCCCACAAGCAUCCUGAAGGGCCAUCAUGACUCUGGCAUUAGCCUUCAGCGUCAUAUGCUGCUUUAAAUCUUGCUGCGUCACUGCUGCAGCUGCCUCAUUACAAAGGCACACUUAAAAGUUACUUUCGAUUUCCCCAGCAUAGUGACUUGUGCCUGGGAGCCUUUUGUUAUUCCCGGCAAAACCGGCUUUAAAAGUUCAAAGUCCAGCCAUAAAGCCAUUAACUUGAAGCUGGCAGGCUGCCCGGAGCAGUAGCACAUACCUCAUCAAUCACUUCUACGCGCAGAGCAGAUUCCGUUCCGAUCUGUUCCUCUGCAUUCCGAUCCUUUGCCGGCACUCCGAUUCGACUCCUGGGCCCAUAACCACGUGUUGAUUUAAGGCAGAGUCUGUUGUGCCCAGCGGAAGGAUGAGGAAAAUGUGCUCCAUACUCUAUAUUGCUUUAUUUACAGUUCAAAGCUGGUAUAUUACAGAAAGACAUCUUGCGUCUGCAAGAGCAGAAAAAUGCAUCCUCUCUCCUCAACAGCUUGGAGAGAAUCACACAGUGAAAAAACAGGAAACCAGUGUACGUCACAUCCAGUCUCCCUUUCCCGUGAGAAACUCCAACAGUACAGACUGUGGAAUGUAAAACAAUGUCUUGUGACUGCAGUUGCUGCUCAGUGAAGGAAAUAGAAACCAACACCUAUGAUGUAAGUAAUGGGCCCCGCCUGCUAGCCUGCUCCCUAAAAUAUCACUGGUUUGCUCAUUUCUAUAUAUAGGGUGCCUACAUUCUGCAGGGACUGGUUACAUGGCAACAUGUGCAAAUGGCUUUCCAUACCUAUUAGGUCCAUAAAUUACCAUAUAGCAUAUAUUCAACACACAAAAACAGCAGCAAUUUGUUGUUGACAAAGGACAGCUGGACAUACAAAGGGCCCCAUUACCUUCAGUAGCUUGGGGCCUCAUCAAACCUAAAUCUGGCCCUGCCAAUAAGGGGUGUGACUGGGGAGGUGAUAUUUGGUUCACCAUCCCUGAUCUAAGACUGAUUUGGUUCACCAUCCCUCAUCUACCAUAAAAACCUUACAGUCCUUCUUCUCCAUACACCAUUAGAACAACCCUCUCAGGGAGGUCAGUUUUAUUUUCCCUCCUGCUGCAGCUGGUAAACUGAGGCUGAGAGACAGUAGCCUUUCAGAGAGGUGGGGGCACACAUUAGUUUUAGCUAUAAGACUGGAACCAGAGACACACAACUCACAAAUUAUUCUCUGUCUCAGCUACAGACAAGCACUAUACAUAAUAAUAAUAAUAAAUAAUAAUAAUAAUAAUAAUAAUAAUAAUAAUAAUAAUAAUAAUUUAUUUAUUUAUUUAUUUAUACCCUGCCCAUCUGGCUAGGCUUCCCCAGCCACUCUGGCCAGCUUCCAGCAAAAUAUUAAAAUACAGUAAUGCAUCAAACAUUAAAGGUUUCCCUAAACAGGGCUGCCUUCGAUGUCUUCUAAAAGUCUGGUAGUUGUUGUUCUCUUUGACAUCUGGUGGGAGGGCAUUCCACAAGGUGGGUGCCACUACAGAGAAGGCCCUCUGCCUGGUUCCCUGUAGGUUUGCUUUUCACAGUGAGGGAACCGCCAGAAGGCCCUCGGAGCUGGAUCUCAGUGUCCGGGUAGAACGAUGGGGGUGGAGAUGCUACUUCAGAUAUACUGGACUGAGCUAAUCCUUCAGCACCAAAGCUUUGAAUUGCGCUUGGAAAUGUACUGGGAGCCAAUGAAGGUCUUUCAAGACCGGUGUUAUGUGGUCUCGGCGGCCGCUCCCAGUUCAGUAUUCUCAGGUACUGAAAGAAAACUGUGUUUGUGGUGGGUGGUAUACUAAGUAGCGUUAAGGGGUGCUUAAACCCUUUGUACACUAACGUAUUAAUCCCAUCAGCUUUUGCUGUAGUCAGGGGGGAGCUUUAGAUUUCAACAGAGCUGCACAGGCAAUUAGACCAUGAGUCUUUCACUAAGACUAGAAUGCAGCCUUAACCUGCUAUGUCAUUAGAUUAAUAGAGUCACCGAAUUGUAGAGUUGGACUAGAGUCAUCUAGUCCAACCCUCUGCAAUGCAGGAACCACAGCUAAAGAAUCAGAAACAAUAUAGGGUCCUGUGGUUCCUUAACAGCUAACAAACUUAUUAUGAGUUGGAUUUUGCAUGUCCCUUCCCUCCACCUUUUGUGCCUCCCCAACCGCCUAUUAUCCAGCCUGGGCUUCUAGUUCACAUAUAGCUGGAUAGCAGCCAAAUUAUGCAUAAAAUAUGGGUAUCCAGGUUGUAAUUUGAAUAAAUGAGUCUGAGCUGUCCUUCAUGUAAAGUUGCACCCCUCCCAUCCUUUGAUGCUUUAAGAGUACAGUUCCUACCUGUUAUUAUCAUUUCCCUUCCGGAUAUCAGACAAUUUGCAGACGGCUUUCUAGUGAUCUGAAAAUGCAACCAUUAUUUCCAUGCCUGCACCUGUUUCCAUUUUGCUGCUCUUUCUUUUGCAGGAGAAAGGGAAGAAACAUCCAUAAUGUUUUUUUCCAAGAAAGAAAGAAAGAAAGAAAGAAAGAAAGAAAGAAAGAAGACAGCAUCUUCUCUCCCAUCAACAAAUCUAACUGAGGCUGAGGUCAGAUUAUCUCUGGCACUGCUGUACGUUGCAGAAUAAUUAAGGGCAAAGCAUGGUUAUUACACAUAGCACGUCUGACAGCAAGACAAAUUAGGAGUGCCCCGGUCAAGAUUUAAUGACAGUAGUUGAAGCUGAUCAUGAAGAACUUGUUGAGUUGACAAGUUAAACCACAGACUAUCUCAGUGGCUCUUCUAUUUUUUUUCCCCUUUCACUUUUUUUGCAAUCAUCUUCCUUGUUCAUAUAAAAUACACACACCAACCUUUUCUUUUUCUUUUCCCUUUUGGUAUGAGGGGUGGAGGACCUCUGGUCCUUCAGACGUUGCUGGACUACAACUCCCAGCAUCCCUGACUAUUGUCAGAGCAGGCUGGGACUGACGGGAGUUGGAUUCUAACAGCAUCUAGAAGGCCACAGGCUCUCCGUCCCUGCUGUGAUGUCUGGCACUUGAAGGACAAGAGGUUUUUGUUAUGUUGUGGUAUUCUGAUGACCACCGGCUGCUUCAAGCAACUGGAGUUUGUGACAUAGCCAAGGUUCAUACCUUGUAGGCAAAACGUUUUGCGUUUUUCAAUCUUGCAACUGGGAGAAAGAAACAUUUUUAUUUUCCUUAAAAAAUAAUAAAUGAAAUAAAAGAGAAACAAAUAUGUUGAGUUUGGGAGGGGGCUAGAAAAUAAUGUUAAGGUUGCUAAGCUAUCAGAAGCAGUUUCUAGGUUUGGGGGUCGCUGUUGCUACUGACAUUUUUAGUAAUAAAAGAAUCUGCUAUAAAGUCCUCAAUUUUUGCUACAAACUCUGGAAAUAAUAAAAGGUGGUGACAAACAAUGUCUCUCUCUCUCUCUCUCUCUCUCUCUCUGUGUGUGUGUGUGUGUGUGUGUGCUUGAUUCUCAUCAGCUCAAUCUAUGCCAGCAAUGGAAAUGCUGUUUCCCUUAGAUAUUGAUGGACACCAACUCCGAAGAGCCUCAGCCCACAUGGGCGAUGGUCAGGGAUGAUGGGAGCUGGCAUGCAACAACAACUGGAGGACCACACACCCCUCGUUCCUCUUUCUCCCUCUCCCUCUGUCUUUCCACACAUCCACAGACACCAGUACAAGUGGCAACAGCAUCCACCAUGUUGCAUCCUCCACAAUGUCUGGGACCUUGCAUCCAUCUAGAGCAUUUUGUUGGUGCUAAAUGGUGACAGUCAAAACAAAAUGGUGGACAAGAUUUGGAGAAAAUUCUCCAGAGCACCCUUCUUUUUCAUGGGGGUCGGGAGAUGAUAAAAAUACAGGACGUUUCUCAGAAAUGUGUAUUUUGGCUGACUUUGGUUCAGCUCCAGGCUGAACUGCAAACUCUUUGUUGGCUGUUUAAUCUGGUUCUUGCCAUCUCAGAGAUAAAUGGAGAUACUAAAGAAUGGAAGUGAAGAGAGAGAGAGAGAGAGAGAGAGAGAGAAUAUCUUCCUGUCUAGCUACAGCUGCAGUCCUGACAGCUCCCAAGUCAGAGAUGUGGAACCCUUUAGCAAGCGUAGCCCAUCUCAGAGUUCGGUGUCAAAAGGCUGUGUGGUGUGCCAUUAAAAUUCAUUACUGUCACAAGAUGGAAGACCUCAACCAAUGCUUCUGACAGGCCUGAAAUCAACAAAUGAGAACGGUCAAUUAAAACCUAUUUUUUUGGAAAGGGCUGGGGCAAAUGUUGGCUAACUUUGCUGCCUAGAUCUGUGAUGAUUCCCGGUUGUAAAUUUCUCUUGCCCCCCCCCUCCCCCAGACACUUCUUUUCUCCCCCAUUUUCAACUUCUGAGCCAGGCUCACAUUAACUGUUUUCAUUAUCCCCUCUUCCUAAGCCUAUUAGAGUUUAACUAGGAAAAGUUGCAGUGAUGUUUUACCCCCUGCUUAAAUUGUCUCUGCAAGAAUAAGGCUCCCAGCUCCCAGCUGUCAGGCCUCCCAGAGGUUCAAUAGGCUUAAUCCUAAAAAGAUCUCAGCAUCAUUUCCAAAGGUUGUAAUGACAUUAAGUCAUCAGAUAAAACUGUUCUAUUGCAUCCUGUGAGUACAGUAGAGGCUCAGAGCUGAAUAGAGGCAAUGCGGGAGAAGAAAAACAUUCUCAAGACUUUUAUUCCCCUUAGGCCCAAUUCAGCGUCUGCACCUGCACAUGGAAACUGCUAAGUAGUGCCUCUUAGGAAACUACUUUAUGCCGAGCUGAAACAUUGGUCUACCUGGUUUAGCAUUGCCUACUACACUAACUGACAGAAGCUCUCCAGAAUUUCAGACAGAGCUCUUUCCCAGUCCUACCUGGAGAUGAAGCGGAUAGAUCCUAAGACCAUCUACAUGAGGUCUACCACUGAGCAACUGUGCUUAAUUAUUAUUAUUUUUAUUUAUUUAUUUAUACCCCGCCCAUCUGGCUGGGCUUCCCCAGCCACUCUGGGCGGCUUCCAAAAAAAUAUUAAAAUACUGUAAUACAUCAAACAUUAAAAGCUUCCCUAAAAAGGGCUGCCUUCAGAUGUCUUCUAAAAGUCUGGUAGUUGUUGUUCUCUUUGACAUCUGGUGGGAGGGCGUUCCAUAGGGAGGGCGCCACUACCGAGAAGGCCCUCUGCCCGGUUCCCUGCAACUUGGCUUCUCGCAGUGAGGGAACCGCCAGAAGGCCCUCGUCACUGGACCUCAGUGUCCGGACAGAAUGAUGGGGGUGGAGACGCUCCUUCAGAUAUACUGGACCGAGGCCGUUUAGGGCUUUAAAGGUCAGCACCAACACUUUGAAUUGUGCUUGGAAUUGUGCUUCUUCCACAUCACAUGUUGCAAAUUGGUAGCUAUAUCAUUUGGCAGGGCUGGCUCUACCAUUAGGAAGAGUGAAGCAGCCAUGUCAGUUGGAAGGUGUUGGGGCAGCAAGAUGUCAGAACCUACCUGUACCCUCCAAGCCAACCUGGUGCCCUCAGGUGUGGUGAAGGAUGUGUUGUACUAUGUUGGUUAGAAAAUGUAUUUCACAAAGAAUGAAUUGUAUUGGGGCGGGGGGUGGGAAACCCAUGUAAUGAAAUGUGCUGCCUGGAGGAGUUGGUGAUGACAGACGGUGGACUGAUAAUUUAUACACUGCUUCAAAGGUCUUUUGGAAGCAAGAAGACCCUCUCUUGGGCUCAAGAGAAUGAAACAUACAUACACACACACACCAUAUUUUUCUGUGUAUAAUACUCCCUGUGUAUAAGACGCCCCCUAUUUUGGGGGACGCAAAAUUAAGAAAAUGGGGGGAGAUUGUCCUGAGUUGUUGAGCUUUUUGGAGGGGGGAUUGUCAAAAAUCGCUCACCCACACGGUCACAAAGGCCGCCUAUCGUAUGUCCCCACGCUGGAAUAAGCCGCCAAUUGUGCAAACCUUCAUCCCACCCUAUAAAACAAGAGGAUGGGAGAGGAGAUCAAGGUUGAAGGCCACAUCUCCUUGGGGGAGCCACAGACCAAUGGCAAUGAGAAGGACCAAAGCAAAAAAGAUGACAAUACGCCACCUCUCUCUCCUUUUCUCCCUUUCAUUGUUCGAUUGUUCCAUCCUCCAUCAAUGCAUUAAUUCUCCCCCUCCCUCUUCUCACAUACACACCUGUUCACAAACACAUACAAACCAACAACAUCAUCCCUCCCUCCCCUUCAGUCACCCAUCACCCAUUCAUUGACUUAUAUUCUCUCUCUCUUUCUCUCUCUCUUUUCCCUCUCUCUCUCUGGCUUAGGGGCUGUAUUGAAAGAGAUGGGAGGACCACCAGUGACCCCUGGCUGCAGGUUGCCCACCUGUGCUAUUAAAACAUUGCCAUGAUGUCAUCCUUGCUAAUAUCCAAACAACCCACAAUCAAUUCUGCUUUAUAAUUUAAGAGCAUCCUCUGCAGCAAACCUCACAGAAAAAGGGGUGCAAUCUCGUAUAGUAAUUCUGUAUCUGAUACCUCUGAAUCAUGAAUUAUGUGCCAAGUGGCAAGGAAAAAAGAACAACAACAAAAUGCUUGGAGGGGGGGCAUGUUGAAAAUUGUUGUGUGAAUUCAGGCAUCUUACACUGCCCAAACCGCUCUCAAAAUCAAUAGGCGUUUUGCCCGCAAUUAGAGUUGUUACCAGAACUAUCAUCGCUCCGAGAAACAGUGCAAAUUAAGGGCAAUGUCCUCAUAUUAACACAUAGCUGGAACUGAUGGGAAGCAAUGAUGGUGCAGGGGUUUUGAGCAAUGGAAUAAUAUUAUUAAUUGGAGAAGGAUCUCUGAUAAGUUUGUUUUGUAUGGAUUAUUGACUGUUGAAUGGCUACAUUCAUUCUCUCGUGUGGGGUAUAUGUAGAAGGUGAUUACAGUGGUGCCUCGCAAGACGAAAUUAAUUCGUUCUGCGAGUUUUUUCGUCUUGCGAAUUUUUCGUCUUGCGAAGCACCACUGUCUUCAAAUCACCAAAGUCUUCAAAAACCUCAAAAAAGGCUACCACACUGCGUGCUAUGAGUUGCUCCUCGAAGUCAAGUCGCAAUUGCACCUCUUCAAGCAAUGCACCCUGGGUAUUAACGGUUUUAAGAAAAAGGAAACAAACUUGCAAGACGUUUUCGUUUUUUGUCUUGCGAAGCAAGCCCAUAGGUAAAUUCGUCUUGCAAAGCAACUCAAAAAAUGAAAAACUCUUUCGUCUUGCGAGUUUUUCGUCUUGCGAGGCAUUCGUCUUGCAAGGUACCAGUGUAUCCUGAUUACAACAUCCCAGUUAAACAGUUAAAACUUAAUUCUUUUCCUCAGGGGAAAAAACAUCAACCAAUGACAGAAUCCCAAGUAGAAUCUAUAUAAACCAUGGACCAUUUCUGGGGAAGUGUGCUAUCUGUGAAAUAUGGACUCCUGCCUUGGGGAGACAUUGCAAACACCAACGUCUUGUCCUCAAUGAAAUCCUUCUUUGUCUUCCAUUCAUAAUCAUAAAACUGGGACCCACAGAAUGAACUCUUCCUGGUAAACAGCAACUGUUUGGGCAUCUGCAUUCUCUGUGCUGCAACAGGGAGCAGAAUGUCUGUGACGGAACAGGUUUUAACACAACCCUUUCAUAUUGAACUGGGAUCAUAAUCAGGCCAGGGAGCUUUGAGUCGGAGUCAGGAGGUAUCAGUUUAACCGAAGUGCUUUGACAAUGUGUGUCACCACCGCCCUUACGCACUUAAUUAUAAAUUGGAGAAGUGUCAAAGGGACAAAGAGUGCUGGGGAAGAGGUGGGGGGGAGGAGGAGGCAGAGAGGAACAAAACUCACGAGAAGUGGCACUAGACAAUAUUUGCUAAACAAGGACUAACUUCAUUUAAUUUCCUUUCAGGAUGCAAAUGUGUCGCACUCUUCCCAGACAAUGGAAGGAGCAAUUAAAAAAAGGACAAGCGCCGCCGUGCGGGUCUGAAUAGAGCCACUUCAAGAGCUAGACCUUAAACAGAUGCGGCUUCUUUUGGCAACAUAAACAUAAAGGGGGACGGUGCUUCCUCGGGGUGGCUAUUGUCAAGCUGAGACUCUUUGGGGACAGCUUAAAAAAAGAAAGAAAGGGGGGAGGCGAUGGGUUCACACAGAGAUGAGACGCGCCCAUUGUGUCUUAACAACUGUGCCGCAGAGGCCUUGGUGAGGAGUUCUGGCACGCACCUGGAGUCCGGGCCUUUUUUGCUGCAAGGAACCACGAGGAGAGGACUUGGUGACCAAAUGAUUUAGUGGCAGAUGUCUAUUCCCAAGCAAGAGAGGCCCCUCAGCUCCGCAGAGCGACACAAGAGACUCUUCCGUCCCCUGCAGAAGAGCGUUGAGCCUUCCCCGCAGACAGCUGAGAAUCCUAGUAAUUUAUUUUACCCACCGCUGUGGCUCAGGGGCCCUCCUGCCUGCAGGGCAUGAAUUAUAAAAGCGCGCAGGGAGUAAUCGGCAGGGAUUUAGCAUGUGGCUUUGCUGAAAUUAAGAAAAAUCAACCCAUUUUGCAGCAGGCUUAAGGACAUUCCUUUGUGUUGUGCAAUUAGGUUUUUUUUAAAGGGAGGAGAAGGAAGAACCCUGCUGGCUCCCCACCCCCUCAAAUUCUAUCUUAAACCAUGAAAAAUUAAGUAAUAUAGUCUGCAAGUUAAUAAAAGUGUUAAUUAAGGCUGGAGUCCGAUGAAUCCUAAACGGGAGUAAGGCCCAUUGAAAAUCAGUGUGAUUUACUCCUGGGUAAACACAUCCAGGAUUGUGCUGCACAGGAGUUAAGGAAACACAUGAGUGUAAAAUUAGUGGGAAUUAACAAUGCUUAACUUUGGCUGGUUCAAGACGAUGCAUAUUAAGCAAAUAACACAAGUGAUUGAACACCAUUUUGCAUAUUGAUAUGCAUUCUGGAAAAUUCAAGAACUUUUGGGUUUCUGGGUUGGAUUAAGAAGAUUAUACAAUUCAAAAAAAUAAACAUGAUCCAGCCAAAAUUAAGCAGUUUAGAGUCCCCUGGAUUUCAAUGGGAGAGUUACACAUUUGCUUAACUCUGUCUCACUUAACUUCAAAGUACUAAGCUUUGCCUGCACAAUUAUUCAUUUUCCGAAUGAGAAAUUUAUGCUCUUCACGUAAACCUCAGGUUGCUAGAAAAUAUAGCCAAAGUAGCCAUUAAAUUUCUAGCUCUGUAACAUCUCUUGUUUAGGCUGUAUAUUUCCUUCAAAGGUGUGGAGGUGUGGGAACUGAGCCAUAUAUAUAUACUUCAGAUUUUGCCCUUGAUAUAAAUUAGAGCAUUUGUAUUGUAACAUGGGGCAAGAUGAAAUGGCAGUUAAUUUUUCUUGGUCCCCACCCCCUGCAUCCUGUAAACUAAAUCAAAAGUGGCUUAACCAAUCUUAUUGGUCCUUGCAGGAUGGAGAGUGGGCAAAUAUGUAGCACAGAUAAUGGUGCUCUGCUUGCAAUUAAUUCACACACUGCUCCUUCUGUCCCAGUGUAGACAAGAGGGGAAUACGUAGGUGCAGUUAGGACAAUUAGUGAGCAAUCCAGCAAGCAGGGCAAUGUAAAAAGCACCAGAAAACAGGCAGCCUGCCAGGGUACCCAGAUGACAUUGGCUCCCCCAUCUCAGGACAUCUGCCCUCUUUAUAACCUUUGUCCACCCUCGGUCCUCCCUCUUGCAUCAGGAGCCAAUGUCUGACUUCAAAUAGGUUUUCGUAUUGUAUCUAAAAAUACAGAUCCUUAGGCAAAAAGCUGCUUUUUCACACGGGGCAGUUCAAAAUCACAGGCGUAAUUAGUGGCUGCAAGGGGCUGAUUGCAGAAGCAAAUGCUUAAGUUCUACAAAGCGGCAUAUCCCAUUGAUUGGAAAAAGAAUGGGAGGAAAGUGGUUGGCUACCACAGCUUCUCCCAGACUCCCCUGCGGAGUACAGACAAAUGGUUUUCCUUUCUGCGUAUUCCUUGUUUCUGCCCCCAGAUCUUUCAAUGGGUGGAGGUAAGCUGUGGAGUCCCCCAAAUUUCUAUACUGUAUUGGGGCCGGUGCAAUUUAACUUGGUCAUCAGUUAUCUGGAAUCAUAGUCAAGUGGCUAGGUCUGUGGAACAGGGAUGGGUGAGAAAUUCAGUUCAGUUCACACAAAGGUGAAUCGACCUAAUUCACUUUCCAAAACAAUACACAGACAUCCUUCAAAAUGUGCACUUCUCCAGAAUUCGCAGCGCAGUUCUGCAGCUGAGUAACGUGUACAAAAAUGCAUAUGCUGGGGUAAAGUGUCCCUAAAAGGCACGUGUUAGUGGGGGGACGGACGGACAUUGAAUGCAUUGUAUUUGGGAAAAUGCCUCUGCGAAAUUGUGUGUAUUUGGCCUUCACAUGACAGAAAUUUAAAAAAUUGUGCAUGGCAUAAGCCAAGUGGAUAGAGAAAAGGAGGAUAUAGCUAUCAAGGGCUAUGAGCAAUGAUAUCUAUGUUCUGCCUUCACAGCUGGAGGCAGGAAUACUCCCGAAUAUCAAUUGCUGCAAGUCACAGAAGGAUCUUGUGAUUGGGUCCUGCUUGUGGGUUUCCCAUACACAUCUGUCAAGGACUGGCUGGAUGAUGAGGAGUGGUGGGAGAUUCCAGCUGGAGAACCCCCUAGAGAAACCUCAGAAGAGGAAGGCUCAGAGCCAGGGGAGUGGUGGUCAGUCAAUGAAGACCAGUCAGAGGAGGAAGGGGGUGAAGAUUGGCUGGAUGCUGAACAAGCUUGAGUGAGAGAGAGGAAGAAGAGGCAGAAAGCCCUGGAGACGUAGGAUAGGCAGAAGUGGGGGAAGAAGAAGAAGAAGAAGAAGAAGAAGAAGAAGAAGAAGAAGAAGAAGGGGAGGAGGAGGAGGAGGAAGAAGAAGAGGAGGAGGAGGAGGAAGAGGAGGA